UGAAAAAUACAGAAAAACAGUGAUCGUACAUAUGUAUUUUUCUGACCAGUCGCAUAGACCGCCGCGUGCGUCACCACCGUCUUCUACCCGCUGUGGUAGUACUAAAUAAAAGCAGUUUUCGACUUUCCGUCGUCAUUUCAUUGUCCCCGGUCAAGAAAUGCGCGAGUCACACACACUUUCACCGUUGCGCAGCGGGUCCUUUCUCAGGGAGUGUCUUUUUCGUAAUGGUUAAUUGAAGUAUAAUCCAGACUUUUCACUUUUCAGGCCAAGUAUUUGAUAAUCAAGAAACAUAGCCUGGAGUGUUCAAUUCAAUCUUUUCAAAGCACCCCGUCAGUCUUUGCCUCUUCUCUCUAUCAGGUCUCUUCAUGUACAGAAGUGAGAAGCAUCUCCAACUUGAUCUCCCUCAUUAGUUCCUUCUCCAAGAACUCAAUUGAAUACCCAACCAAAUGCGAUUCUUGCAUACUUUUCUUCUCCUGGUUGUGGGUUUUGCCACUGUGUCUGUGGUGUACUGCGCGAGCUUUCUCCCUCUGGAGAGAGCUUUCCCCUUGAACCGCCCAGUCGACAUUGACAGACUUAAAGCUCGAGACUUAGUUAGACACGCUCGACUCUUGCAGGGAGUGUCUGUUGGCGGUAUUGUCGACUUCCCCGUCGAAGGUUCCUCCGAUCCCUUCCAAGCUGGGCUUUACUUUACAAAAGUGAAACUGGGCUCUCCUCCAAGAGAGUUCAAUGUGCAGAUUGAUACCGGAAGUGAUGUAUUGUGGGUUAACUGCAAUUCCUGCAAUGAUUGUCCACAAUCAACUGCACUUGGGUUUCAGCUUAAUGUCUUUGAUGCUGCCAGCUCAUCAACUGCUGGACUGGUUUCUUGUUCAGACCCAAUUUGCACUUCAGGAGUUCAAACGACAGCAACUGAGUGCUCUUCGCAGAAUAAUCAGUGCAGUUAUGCUUUUAAAUAUGGAGAUGGAAGUGGGACAUUGGGUUUUUAUGUCUCUGAUAUGUUUCGUUUUGAUGCGAUUUUGGGGGAGUCUUUAAUUUCUAAUGCUUCUUCAAUCAUUGUUUUUGGUUGUAGCACUUAUCAAUCUGGAGAGUUGACUAAGACGGAUAAAGCAGUUGAUGGGAUUUUUGGUUUUGGCCCAGGGGAUCUGUCAGUUAUAUCCCAAUUGUCAUCUCGAGGAAUAACACCAAGAGUGUUCUCCCAUUGCUUGAAAGGAGAGGGCAAUGGAGGGGGUAUACUGGUUCUUGGAGAGAUUUUGGAGCCUGGGAUUGUUUAUAGCCCACUUGUCCCUUCACAGCCGCAUUAUAACUUAAAUCUGCAGAGCAUUGCUGUCAAUGGACAGCUGCUUCCCAUUGACCCAGCAGUUUUUGCGACAGAAAAUAACCGGGGAACUAUUGUUGACUCUGGUACAACAUUGGCAUACCUUGUGGAAGAAGCUUAUGAUCCUUUUGUCAGUGCUGUAACAAGCACUGUUUCACAGUCAGCGACUCCCACCAUUUCCAAUGGAGACCAGUGUUACCUAGUCCCUACCAGCAUAUCCGACAUAUUUCCUCCGGUCAUUUUAAAUUUUGCGGGUGGUGCAUCCAUGGUGUUAAAACCAGAAGAGUACCUUACACAUCGUGGAUCCUAUGAUGGCGCUGCAAUGUGGUGCAUGGGGUUUGGGAAAUCUCAGGAAGGAAUAACAAUAUUAGGAGAUCUUGUUCUAAAAGACAAAAUUUUUGUAUACGAUCUGGCUCGUCAACGUCUUGGCUGGGCUAAUUACGACUGUUCAUUAGCUGUAAAUGUCUCCAUGACUUCUGGUAAAGAUCAGUUUGUCAAUGCAGGACAGCUGAGCGCGAGCAGUUCAUCGAGAGAGAUGGUCUUUCGGCUGCUACCUCUGGGUAUUAUGACUCUCCUAGUGCACAUAUUUGUGCUUACGUUCUCCGAAUUCUUUCCUGAAUGCGCAUCGCUAUGGCCCAUUUUCCAUUUUUGGCUAUUGGAGAGGCAUAUAUCUUCAUUCAGAUUGUAAAGUUACUGCGCAGAAGGCAUCUUUGCAUGACCAUCUGGAGCAUCUCCUACUGCUUCCGAGCUAGAAAUGAUACUGAUGCCCAACCUGCAGGUCAAUUUUGUGAACUUUCUUCGAGUAUUUGUGGACCUUUGAGGAAUGUAUCUUAAUAGCACGGUUUCUAGUC